UGUUUCUUAGUAGCCUCUUGUGAUGAAGCCAGGCAGCCCAUGAAAGUUACUGUGCAUGGCCCAGCAUCUCCUCCUCCACUACCUUCUGGAAUUUGCAGGAACAUGCAAUGGAAGCAUCUACUUUGCUCUUCACCUCUCUCUAAUGGCUCCUGCAGAUGAACCUUCCUUUUAAGUCCUUUCCACAGCAGAGAACAAGUUCUCAAAGAUAACAAAGACGACUAUGGCAUGCUUUUCCCGGAGCCACCUUGUGGGAAUUCCUGGUAGUCCCUGUUUUUCCGAGAAGCCAAACAGAAGCUACUGCCACCAUUCUUGGCGAAGCGUCUUCUUGGGAAAAAGCCAAAAUUUUCAACAACGGGAAAUGGUGAAGUUGGGAGUGAGAACAAGGCCCAUGAUAGUGAUCAGGUGCGAGAAAGUGGUGGGGAUCGACUUGGGAACGACGAAUUCUGCGGUAGCGGCGAACGAGGGUGGGAAACCAGUUAUAGUGACGAACUCGGAAGGGCAAAGAACGACGCCGUCGGUGGUGGCGUUUACAAAGAGGGGGGAUAGGCUGGUUGGGCAAAUAGCAAAGAGGCAAGCCAUAAUGAACCCAGAGAACACUUAUUUCUCUGUGAAGAGGUUCAUUGGGAGGAAGUACGAGGAGGUGCAGGAAGAGGCUAAGCAGGUCUCCUAUAAGGUGGUCAGGGAUAAGAAUGGGAAUGUCAAGCUCAACUGCCCUGCCGUCGGGAAGCAAUUCUCGCCGGAGGAAAUCUCCGCUCUGGUUCUGAGAAAGCUAGGAGAAGAUGCAUCAAAGUUCUUAAAUGACAAAGUAUGUAAAGCUGUGAUUACAGUUCCAGCUUAUUUCAAUGAUUCCCAACGGACGGCGACAAAGGAUGCUGCUUAUAUUGCUGGUUUAGAAGCUCUUCGGAUCAUCAAUGAACCUACUGCUGCAGCUUUGGCUUAUGGCUUUGAGAAGAAGAAUAAUGAAACCAUUUUAGUAUUUGACCUUGGUGGUGGCACUUUCGAUGUUUCGGUCCUUGAGGUUGGAGAUGGAGUAUUUGAAGUACUUUCCACCUCAGGCGAUACGCAUUUAGGGGGUGAUGACUUUGACAAGAGAAUUGUGGAUUGGCUUGCUGAAAGCUUUAAGAGAGAUGAAGAUGUGGAUCUUCUGAAAGAUAAACAAGCUCUUCAGCGUCUAACAGAGGCAGCCGAGAAAGCAAAGAUUGAGUUGUCAUCUUUGACUCAGACCAAUAUCACUUUACCUUUCAUUACUGCUACUGCAGAUGGCCCUAAACACAUUGAUGUCGCCUUGACAAGAGCCAAAUUUGAAGAGUUGUGCGAAGAUUUGUUGGAUAGGCUUAGGGCUCCAGUUCAAAAUGCCUUGAAAGAUGCAAAGCUUUCCCUCCAAGAUAUAGAUGAAGUGAUCCUUGUUGGUGGUUCAACACGUGUACCAGCUGUUCAGGGUUUGGUGAGAAAAAUGACUGGAAAAGAACCUAAUGUAACAGUGAAUCCUGAUGAAGUUGUUGCGCUUGGCGCUGCAGUUCAGGCUGCUGUUCUCACUGGAGAAGUAAGCAACAUUGUGCUCUUAGAUGUGACACCGCUCUCUCUAGGGCUAGAAACCAUAGGCGGUGUGAUGACAAAGAUAAUCCCACGGAACACAACUAUACCAACCUCCAAAACAGAGGUGUUCUCCACUGCUGCAGAUGGACAGACAAGUGUUGAGAUAAAUGUCUACCAGGGGGAGAGAGAGCUUGUAAGAGACAACAAACUUCUUGGAAGCUUCCACUUGGAAGGUAUCCCUCUGGCCCCACGCGGAGUUCCACAGAUUGACGUCAAGUUUGAUAUUGAUGCCAAUGGUAUCCUCUCUGUUACGGCUAUUGACAAGGGAACAGGAAAGAAGCAGGAUAUCACCAUAACUGGUGCUAGCACCCUGCCUAGUACCGAGGUGGAAAGGAUGAUCAGGGAAGCAGAAAAAUAUGCGAAGGAGGACAAAGAGAAGAGGGAAGCUAUUGACACUAAGAACCAGGCUGACAGUCUUGUUUACCAGACUGAAAAGCAGCUGAAGGAGCUGGAACAGAAAAUACCCGUCUCUGUCAAGGAGAAGGUGGAGGCUAAACUGAAUGACCUCAAGGAUGCCAUCUCAAAUGGAUCAACCCAGGUCAUCAAAGAUGCAAUUGCUGUCCUGAACCAAGAAGUCAUGCAAUUGGGGCAGGUCCUUUACAGUCGGACUAGUGCUAGUGCUGGACCUAAAGCUGGAAGCGAUACUGGGUCAUCAAAAUCAACUGGAAAAGGAGAUGAUGGAGAUGUCAUUGAUGCAGAUUUCACAGAAACCAAGUAACUAGUCUGGAUUUUCUUUGUAUAUUGUAUAGAAGGAUAGUCCUCUGUAAAUAAUAGACGUAUGCAAUGGGACCUAAGUUCACUAGGGUGUCCCUUGGGAAGAUCUGGAGAUUUAACCAGUUCGAAACUUCAGAUGUUUUAUGCACCAAAUGCUGGCGUAUGAAUCAAAGAUAUUAAGCUAUAAGCUACAACCAAGGCAAAUGAUCCUCAUUUGUGGCAGAAGUCGACAUGCCCUUUGAUCACGUCUAUUGGAUGGGCUUGUUAGUUUGUUCCUCUUAAGAAAGAACUUGGUUUCAAGUGCAUCCAUCAAUUAUGUGCUCGACCAACUGAGGAAAAAAGAUGUGAGAAUCCAGGACUCAGAACUAAUCUCUUUACUACCUGUCACAUGCCAGAUUGAUGGGUUCUUCGUAUACGUGCUAAUCCUCAAGCUGGAUUGCCCCAUUUCCUGCCUUGUUCCAGGACUCAGAACUGACUAGUCCUCCCUGAAGUGAUCCAACUCAAAUCAAUUGAGUUAGAAUUAGUUAUAUUUCCCCAAAUAACAGCAGCCCUAAACUCCCAACUUCAUAGAGCCGUGAGGAUUUUCAUGAUCAUCUUGCUGCAGUUUAGUAUGAGUUGGCUAUCACCUAAAGAUUCACAUGUGGAAGGAAGAACUUGAAGAAGGUAUCUGACAUGUUUGUGCCUGGAAAGAGGACCAGAAUUGGCUUUUGAUCAAAGUUUUUACUAAUAGAAUAGAAUGGAAUGUCGGUGAGAAGUUCUUUUGAUCAAUUAUUUAGCAAGGGUUUCAAGGUUAUGCUAAGAUACGUGAGGAUUUGAAAUAAAGGUAAUUUGUGCUUAAUA